CCUACACAUCCAACAUGCCUCAAAACGAAUAUAUUGAACAGCACAUCAAGCAGCACGGUAGAAGACUAGACCACGAGGAGAGAAAGAGAAAGAGAGAGGCCAGAGAAGGACACAGAGUUGCCAAGGAUGCUCAAAACUUGACUGGUUGGAGAGCUAAGCAAUUCAACAAGAAGAGAUAUGCCGAAAAGGUUGCCAUGAAGAAGAAGAUCAAGGCUCAUCAAGAGUCCAAGGUCAACGGCCCAGCUACGCCAAAGCAGGACGAUGGCGAAGCUUUGCCAACCUAUUUGUUGGACCGUCAAACCACCAACUCUGCCAAGGCUAUUUCCUCUUCUAUUAAACAAAAGCGUUUGGAAAAGGCUGACAAGUUCUCAGUUCCACUUCCAAAGGUUCGUGGUAUUUCUGAAGAAGAAAUGUUUAAGGUGAUAAAGACCGGUAAGAAGAACCACAAGUCAUGGAAACGUAUGAUCACCAAGCAUACUUUUGUUGGUGAAGGAUUUACCCGUAGACCAGUCAAGAUGGAACGUAUUAUCCGUCCAUCUGCCUUGAGACAAAAGAAGGCUAACGUUACACACCCUGAGUUGAAGGUUACCGUUUUCUUGCCAAUUUUGGGAGUCAAGAAGAACCCUCAAUCUCCUAUGUACACUCAAUUGGGUGUUUUGACCAAGGGUACAAUCAUUGAAGUUAACGUUUCCGAAUUAGGUUUGGUUACCGCUGGUGGUAAGGUUGUCUGGGGUAAGUACGCCCAAGUGACGAACGAACCAGACAGAGAUGGUUGUGUCAACGCUGUUUUGUUGGUAUAGGCUAACAGAUGGGGAGGAAAGCAUACAAGAUAGUGAAAGAAAAUGCUAUUUGUCACUGCUUAGUCAGAGAGAGUCCGUAAGCUAGCGCAAGCGAGUAAGUUAGUUAGCAUGAGCGAACAAGCGACGUAUAGGAUCCAGAAGUAUAUAUUUUAAUUAUACCUGGUUUUGGUAUAAUUUCACAUAUAGUAUCAACAUAUUCUAAAAAACCUGUAUUCUAGUUUUUUUUUGCAUGGUUUAAUACGCAUAC